CUCGCGAUGAGGCGGCAGUACUGCAAUUGAUGUACAUAUGCAAGUAGAGUUCGCUACUAGCGUACAGUGCGUAUGUAUGUACAUAUGUGUACAUAUGACAAUGUACAUCAUAGAUCUGAUGCUAGAAUGCCAGGACCAGGACGCUCAGGGACACUCAUGAAUCUUAUGUACACGCACGUGAAUCUUUCCUACUCCCAUUAAAAUAAUUUAAAUUUACCGCCAUAUUAUCAAUAAGUGGCACGAUCUAUCACCGACCUAUCACAAUGAAGCGUCAAAUAAUUUAAAAUUGAUUGAAAGGCUACCUAAACAUAAACAACAUGGCAGAUAAGACGGAGGCAAUAAUACACGUAAAAAAUAGAAGCUAAUGAAUCGAUAUUUCAACUAUGCGCCGUCGCAAUAUUCUUUUGUGCGAUUAGGUGUUUAGCUUUUACGAUUACACCGUUAAAAAUUUUUACCAUUAAAAAUAUGUCGACUGAGAAGGUUCUGUACCAACUAUAUCAACCUCAUGGAUCUGGUACAGUGUUUAUCUCUUGGCGACCAGGCAAUAGUACCCAUUUAGCAACCACGGGCUAUGAUUCCUCAGUUGCAAUUUUCGAUAGACAAGGUGAUCUGCAAGAGCGCAUUCACAUUUCUGGUUUGUGUAAUGGAUUUGGAUGGGAUUCUGAUGGAGAUCUAUUGGCUGUUAUAUCACAAAAUUCUUCUGCUAUUGUAUUAUGGGAUGCUACAACUGGAAAAAAAUGUCAAAUAGACGCUGGUGUAAGGGACAGCUUGACAUGUAUAAUGUGGGCAAAGAGGACUUGCUUAUUAGCUGUAGGGACACAGAAAGGAAAUUUAGUUCUUUAUGACCAUAUAAAUGCCAAACGGACACCGAUUCUAGGAAAACAUAAAAAACGUAUAACAUGUGGUGCUUGGUCUUAUGAAGGACUUCUGGCUCUUGCCAGUGAAGACAAAGCUUUAACUAUUAGUACAAGCGAUGGAGAUACACGUCGUGAAAUCCCUCUCCAGGGUGAUCCAUCAGACAUUCAGUUCAAUGAAAUGAAGAUGGAUCACAGAAUCGGGGGUGAAAAUACAAUAUCCCUUGUUAUUAACAAAACCACUUUAUUCUUGUACAAUAUUUUGGAUCCAGAAAACCCCAUUGAACUAGCUUUUCAGAAACGCUAUGGUUCUAUUGUUACAUAUAAAUGGUAUGGAGAUGGUUAUAUCUUAGUAGGUUUCGAAACUGGAUAUUUUACAGCAAUUUCCACGCAUAUAAAAGAAGUAGGACAAGAGCUAUUUCAAGUUAAAAAUCACAAAGAUUCGUUAACCGAUUUGGCUAUAAGUCAAACAAUAGGAAAGAUCGCAACGUGCGGUAGUAACAUCAUAAAGAUACAUAAUUUACAGAAUUUAGAAGAAACUGAAAAAUUAAUAACCGUCAGCAACGAAACAGGAAUUAGUAAAAUUGAAUGGUCCAUGGAUGGAUCCAUGAUAGCAACUGUGACUUACUCCGGAAAUGUGUUAGUCUAUUUAAUACAAAUUCCAAAACUGUUUAGCGUUUGCGGUAAUAAAAUUGCAUUGCUUACUAGUUUGACUGAAGUAGCUGUACAUCUCUAUACCUUAGACAAGGAUAAGUCAGAACCCAUAAUGAUUAAUACCAUCAUAGAACCGUCAGUAUUGGCAAUAGGCCCAACGCAUGUAGCAGUGGGUUUAAAUAAUAGAGCACUGCUUUGGGACAUAUCGGAAAAUCCGUACGACACUACAGUACACGUUGAAAGGGAUUAUCUUGCAACUAUAGACAGUAUACGACUGAAUGAGACCUACGUCUCUGUUUUAUUUGAUGGAAAAUUACAGUUGCACUCGAUAAAAGUAAAUCAAUCGCUAACCAAGGAGGGAAGAGACACAAAAAUGUUUCCAGAUUUAAAUGAUUCGGAUUGCAGAAUAACAUGCCAUGCCCUUAGUUCGGACUUUUUAGUCUAUGGAAAUGAUAUGGGUCACAUAAUCUACUUUUGUCUGGAACUUUUCAAUCAGUGCACAGAGCAUAUACACAAUAACGGUAUAAAGGAGAUUUAUUUAGACGCAAACGGGACACAAUUGUGUUUCAUAGAUAAUAAAUCCGACGCUUACAUGUAUAAUCCUAUGCAAGAGAUUGUUUUUCAAAUUCCCGAUUGUCCGGAUUGUAUGCAAGGAAUAAUAUGGGAUCAGAAUAUUUUAGAACGCAAUAUAUUUGCCGUAUACAAUAAAAACAUUCUCAUCACGUACAUAUUUAUAAAAUAUUUCAUCGAAGGUACAAAAAUUGAGAAGAUAAAUACAACGAAGUUGCCAUCCGAAACGAUACCAUUGUUAUUAUACUCUGGUGAAUUAACAUUAAGUUCGAUAAGUAAUAAACUGAUUCAAAUCACGUUAUCUUCUCACGAAGAAGCAGGAAAUAUUGUAGAGCCAACGAAACUGAAAGAAGUUUUAGAAAAUCAAAUUUCAUGUAGACGAUUUGAGCAAGCGUGGAACACUUGCGAAAAGAUUAAUGAAAAAGAAUCGUGGCUAAAAUUGGGAGAAAGCUCGAUUGCAAAUUUGAACAUUGAUUUCGCAAUACGAGUUUAUCGACAUAUAGAAGUUGCCUCGAUGGUGUGGGCAUUACAAAACAUGGAGAACAUAGAUGAAUUGCCAUUACUAUCUGGUCACGCGUGCAUUUUACUAGACGACUAUAAUCAGGCAGAAAAGUUUUUCCUACAAUCUACUGAGCCAGUACAAGCAUUAUAUCUAAGAAGAGAUUUGAUGCAAUGGGAACAAGCAUUGAACUUAGCGCAAAAGCUCAAACCCGAUGAAAUUCCUUAUAUCGCUAGGGAAUACGCCCAACAAUUGGAAUUUACGGGAAAUUAUCCUAAAGCAUUAUCGAACUAUGAACGAGGAUUGGUAGAUACAAAUAGCUCAUCGCUUAUGACUGCUUAUAAUCCACAUCAUCGCAACUUGUGUCUUGCCGGGAUUGCCAGGAUGUCUAUUCGAUGCGGAGAUAGUAGAAAGGGUGUGAGCAUAGCUAUAGACAAUGAGAGUUCAAGACAGUUGCGAAAGGAAUGUGCAGAAAUAUUGGAAUCAAUGAAGCAAUUCAGUGAAGCAGCACUGCUGUAUGAGAAAGCUGAGUACUUCGACAAAGCAGCAUCCGCAUAUAUAAAACUAAAGAAUUGGCAGAAGGUGGGGCAACUGUUGCCACAGAUAUCAUCUGCCAAAAUUAACAUACAGUAUGCUAAAGCUAAGGAAGCUGAAGGCAAAUACGAGGAAGCAGCCAAGGCAUACGAGACCGCGAAAGAUUUUGAAAACAUAAUUAAGAUUAAUCUGGAACAUUUGAACAAUCCUGCACGAAGCGUGGAGGUAGUGCAACAAACGAAAAGCGUGGAAGGCGCAAAAAUGGUAGCGAAAUAUUUUCAGAAAAUGAACGACUAUAAUUCAGCGAUCAAGUUUUUGAUUUUAUCGAAUUGCCACGACGAGGCUUUCCAAUUAGCCAAUCAACAUGGAAAAAUGGAAUUGUAUGGAGAAAUUCUGAUAAACACGGUCGACGAUGACAAUGCGCGAAAGGAAGAUUUUAAAAGCUUAGCCAUGCACUUUGAAUCUCAGAAAAACAAUUUGUUGGCAGGAAAAUAUUAUUUUCAUGCGAAGGAAUAUCAAAAGGCGUUACGACAUUUGUUGAAAGCUGCUCAAUUAAUGGCAGACGAAAACGAAGUUUUGUCAUUAGCUAUCGACACAGUUGCUUCUUCGAAAGAUGAUAAACUAUCAAAUCAAAUGAUAGACUUUUUAUUAGGCGGAGAUGGAUUGCCAAAGGAUCCUAAAUACUUGUUCCGAUUGUACAUGGCUAUAAAACAAUAUAGGGAUGCUGCAAAAACAGCAAUUAUAAUAGCGAACGAAGAACAAAUUAAUGGAAAUUACAGGAAUGCACACGAUGUAUUGUUUAGUAUGUAUCAAGAAUUGAAGAGAAACAAGAUUACUAUACCAUUAGAAAUGCAGAAUAAUUUGAGACUUUUACAUUCAUAUAUUCUGGUUCGGCUGCACGUAAAGAAAAGCGAUCAUUUGCGUGGUGCUCGCAUGUUGAUAAGAGUAGCCAAUAAUAUUUCAAAGUUUCCAUCACAUAUUGUUCCAAUAUUGACGUCUACCGUAAUAGAAUGUCAAAGAGCAGGAUUAAAGAAUGCGGCAUUCAAUUUUGCUGCCAUGUUAAUGCGUCCCGAGUACAGGAAUCAAAUUGAUGCUAAGUAUAGUAAAAAAAUUGAAGCAAUCGUUAGAAAACCACCGAGAUCGAAAGAUAACGAGGACGAAGAUGAACCUCUAACUCCAUGUCCAUAUUGCAAGAGUAAACUUACCGAGACUGAGAUCACCUGUGAUAAAUGCAAAAACACGAUACCUUUUUGUAUAGCUACAGGACGACAUAUAGUCGAGCAUGACUUCACUGCGUGUCCUCAAUGUGAUUUCCCUGCCAUAAAAAGCGAAUUUUUAAGAAUAAUUGAGACCGAAGGAGUAUGCCCGAUGUGUUCGGAAAAAGUAGAUGUUAACAUGGUCUCCUCCUCUCUAAACAUUCGUCCCUAUCUGGAUUUUCAAGAUGAGAAAGCUUCGUCGUAAACGUUACCGCUUGUAAUUUCAUUUACAACGGAUUCGGAGCAACACUUCUAGAAUAAUAUUUUGGUCCUUUUUUUAUAAGAGUAUAUCAUGCAUUUUACAUGAACUAGAUAGGUGUAACUCAGUACAAGUGUUUACAAUAUAAGUAUUGAAUUAGCCUUAUAAAAUGGUGCCGUCCAAUAUAAGUACAACGCAAUUAAGUACAAGUAGUUUAUUACAUAUAUUGUACACGGAGUUGGGCAUUGGGCAAUAACUAAUUAAAAUUUCUAAUGCGUUUAAUGUUUAUAAUUGAAAAGAAUUAAUCAUGAUUAAAUCGACGAUUAAAUAACUAAUUUAAUCAUAAAUCAAAUUGAUGUUUAAAUGUCUAUUUGAAUUGUAAUUGUAAAUCGUUAACUGCAUUAAUCAUUUCCCAACUCCAAUUGUAGACUAACUAUGCAGAUUAUAUACAAGUCAACUAGAGCACGCAUUGUAGGGGUGUAAUAUGUUGAUAGCGUCUUCAAUAAACUAGUCUCAAGCAA